UGGCCUGUUAAAAUGAGUCCUCUGACGUUUUUAGAAUAGGGGUGAGGUGAGGCGGGUGAUACAUACAAAUACAGACUCUACUCAUAAAGUCUAAGCACUUCUCUGGAGGUCGCUUUGCACAGAAGAUGUUUUCAGCUAAACCUCCGUCAUAAGGAAACAAAAAGAAGGACAUGCUGGCUCAUUUGUGGCACGGGCAUGUGAUUUUCUCCCAGGAUGUCUGAGGGAGAGGUUACAGUGCUGCCUUUUGGACCUGCGUCUGUGGACAUGUCCAGACAAGAGCAGCAGUCCCUGACCAGACUCUACUGUCAGAACGGAGGACACCAUCUGAGGAUUUUACCGGACGGAAAUGUGAAUGGUGGCAGACAGGAAAAUGACAACUAUGAUAUCCUGAGGCUGAAAGCUGUGAGCGUAGGAGUGGUGGUCAUCAAGGGUGAGAUGACCACACGGUUUCUAGCCAUGAACAAAGAUGGACACCUGUAUGGAUCUCAAGCACUGAAUGAUGAGUGUUACUUCCUGGAAAAGUAUGAAGAAAACCACUACACCACAUUCUGCUCACAGAAGUACAGCUGGUACGUAGGCCUGAAGAGAAACGGUCAACCCAAAACAGGACCAGCCAACCACCGGGGUCAGAAGGCCAUCUUCUUUCUGCCAAGACCUGCAGGUAACCUGUGAGUCAGGAAGACGCCAGGAACCAGAGAUAGACUCAAACUGUACCGUGCACAAAGGCACUUGCAUCACUGAUGCUGCA